UCGAAACGCCGUACGGGGAAGUGUCGUCGAUCCCCACAAACACAACUACUUUUUUCGAAGUUGUCUAUACAGUUUUGUUUCAAAGUUUCCAUAAGGAAGUUUUAUGUGUUCUGCAUUUUAUUCGGUCGAACUCGACGUCAAAGAGAUUGCACUCGGCGUGUGGUUUCUGCCGUUCAUACGUUGGUUGUGUUUUUUUUGUUAUUGUUAAGUUUUUUUGUUUGGUGCAUCGCGCCGGUCCGGAGACCGGCGAUCCCUUCGAGGCAUCAAGCCUGGACGCGCGGCUUACAGGCCCCAAAGGACAAAGCCUUUAGGGCGUGUAGUCGUGGUGGUCGGUGCGAGCGGUCCCCGCUCCAACCGUCAAGCUGGCAGCCAGCGCGUUGAGCAUGAACCCGCAUUACCACGGGUACGCGGAGCUCAGCUCGCCGCACCCGCCCUCGCCGGAGGCAGCCUUCGCCACCAACGGGCACGACUACCCACACAACAACAACAACCCAGCCCUCAAAGAAUGCGCAGGAUGCGGCGGCAAGAUCGUAGAGAGGUUCCUCCUCCAUGCACUAGACAGAUAUUGGCACCACGGAUGUUUAAAGUGUACCUGCUGCGGACAAGCCCUCGCGGACAUGGGACGCUCCUUCUACUUCAAAGGCGGGAUGAUAUUAUGCAAAAGCGAUUAUACAAGAAUGUUCGGUUCAGGGGGCGCAUGCGCGGCGUGCGGGCAGGCCAUCCCCGCCAGCGAGUUCGUGAUGAGGACGAGUGCACCGCAGCAGCCGCUUCACGUCUUCCACAUAAAGUGCUUCGCGUGCUCCAAAUGCGGCUCACACCUCAUGCAGGGCGAUAGGUAUUACAUGCUCGCCGGUUCCCUAGUCUGCGAGCAAGAUUGGCAGAAGCUGAUGAAGAGCGCGAACGCGGCGCCCGGAGCGACGGCGCCGGUGCGCAAGGGCAAGGUGGGCCGUCCGCGCCGCUCGCGCGAAUGAGCGCCACCUGUCCCAGCGCAGCACUCGCACAGGGACUACGAGGAGAUGAUGGCUUGUUCGUACUUAAGCGCUGCUGGGGUGAAGCCCGAGCCGGGUAACGCGGCUUAUUGGACUCCGCCAGUGUUGCCGAGCUGCCACGCGCCUCAGAUGGAAGGUCCGCCGCUGCCUUAUCCUCAGCCGUUCGCGCGGCCGCCGCUAGUUGCUCUGGGCCUGCCGCCAGCUCCGGCGCCCUCGUCCAGCCAGUACCACGAGCCGGCGCUCGAUCUGUCGACCACGUCGCCAUCUCUCAAGUCUCACCUCCCGCCCAGUGAGGAGGAAUCAGAGUGACAGUGUUGUGCUAGACGAUGAACUAAUGACGAAAGAAACUUAUUACUCUCGAGUUGUUUCGUCAGUAAUAAUUUUCCGUAGUCAGUGAACUGUUAAGUUAUACUUAGUACCUAAUACAUAUUUAAUUUCGGUUGUGAAAAUGGCAAUUUAUGUAAAAUUUAACUUGCUGUAUGUAAAUUUCCAAUUACUGGUACUUAACAGAUGUGUUUAACACAAGCGUGUUAUCUAAUGUAAAAUAUAAUGAAACUGCGAAGAUUAAAGUCUAUGGCAUAUCUUAUGUAGUAAUACGCGUACUAUAUAUUGUGUAUUUCAUUGCUCGAAUUUGAACAAUAUUUUUUAAAUCGGCGAUACGUAGUAUUUUAAAAUCAAAAAAUAAGUAUUAUAUUACAAUUUAUCACCUUUUUAUCUUCAGCUGCACAAUGUACAUGAAAUAUUUUAAAUACGGGCCGAAAUCAUAAAUAAAUCAAUCUUCUUGUGCCAAGGUUGCAAUGUUACCUUCAUCACACAUAAUGUUCUAAAAUGUUUACCAACUACAUUGAUUUUGGCUUUCCUCUUGUUGACACCACUCUCAUAUUUCCGUUUCAAUAUAUUCAUCUUCGCGAACCAGUACCAUUAUAAAACUAUAUUAAUUAAUAAAUUAAAUAAUCGCUGUUGGAUAAUUAUAUGGCUUUUGCCAGUUACGAUAUGUUUACAUAUUUGUUUGACAUGUAAAAUUUAAGUUUUUGCGCACGUGUCUCUGUGAUUUACAAUCGUGUAAAUAUAUCGAAUUUUGUUAUUUCAUUAUAUAAACUACGAUCCAGUUCAAUCGCUCGUUAACAUUCGUUCAUGUUGUAAAUAUUAGUGUAAACCUAGUAGCCGUAAGUAGACACAUCUUGUACCUAAAGUUUGGGCGCAAAACUUCGUAGCAAUAAUUUUGAUGCCAACGUCUUUAAACUUUAAAUUCGAGUUACUAACGGUCUCUGUAUAUAUUGAUCUACGUUUUACUAUCGAUUAACUCAUUCGAAUCGAUUUUAAAUGUAUACAGUCGUAUGUAAGUUUAAUUAAACGCUAACAUUCCCUUCUAUGUGUCUCUUUACGUAGAUAAGUCAAUGCAUCGCUAAAUAUACCAUAACUUAUUGUUUUAUAGAAUAUUGUAAAUGUGUCCGAAUAAAUGUAUUAUAACCGCCGUGACUAAACGUGACUUUUGUCUUUUUAAUAUUGUUUUCAUAAUUCGUGGCUAUAAAAUAUAAUGAAUGGUUGUCUAUAGGUGUAAUUUGGGAUGAGAAAACAUACAACAUAAUGUUAGCGUUUAGUGAGUCUUGCCAUCUAAAAAUAAUGUUUAAUUUACUGGAAACUGCACAGGCUUGAGGCUGACGGCUGUUCGUGAAUUCUUACCAACUUUUAAACGCUAGUUUGACCUAAAGUCUGUGCCGGUUUUUUAGAUGAAAUGACAGUUGUGGUGUUACCAUUACGUAAAGAAAGAACACACAUAGACUAAGGACGCCGGUGAGAGAAGGAGAAAAUAAAAUUUUGUAAAUUAAA